ACACACCCCCAUUCCCUCCCUACUUAAAUUUCUAUAAAACCAAGACCAAGAAGAAGAAGCUUUAUAUUAUUUAUUAGCAGCUGAGAGAAAAUAGUGAAGAAGACCUAAUAUGGGCAAUUGCAUUUUCAAACCAUUCGAUGAAGCUGAAGAAACAAUAAAAGUGGCAACACCCAACGGCGGCAUCAUGGAGCUUUCGCCACCCAUCUCCGCCGCCUGCAUAACAAAACAGUUUCCAGCCAUGGCCAUUUACCGCCGCACCCCUCACACUUUGCUCUCCCAGCAGCCUUUGUUUAACAACGAAAAGCUCCGUGCAGGCCAGCUCUACUAUCUCCUCCCCCUUAACAACAACAGCAACAACAACAACAACGAUCUUGUAUCCACUUCUUCGUCUCCGUAUCGUAUGUCGUUCGAUCAUCACCAGAGGGUACUGUUGAAGAGAACUGACACGGAGGAGGCGGCGACACCUAGAGUGUGGAAAGUGAAGCUAGUGAUAAGUCCGGACAAGUUGGCGGAGAUCAUGGCACAGGAGGCUCGAACGGAGGCGUUGAUAGAGAGUGUGAGGGCGGUGGCUAAGUGUGGGGAUGGGGUGUCAUCGUCGUCGGUGGCUAAGUCUGAUCAAUGGUGUGUGUCCUGUGGUGGGAAAGGAUCGUUGAGAAAUUAUGCUCAAGAUAGAUGGUGACCUCGUUAUUACUGUACAAAUUAAAGGGAUAAUAUUUUUAUGUUUAAUUAAAUUUGGGGUAUUUAUUUUAUAUGUAAUUAUAUAAUUUUCAAAAAUUAUAUAAGGGGAUUAAUGUCAAGUUUAGCCCUUGAAGUUUAAUCAA